CAGAACUUAGCCUCUGCAGACGCGACUGUUUUGCAGUGUCAAAAGCAACACUUAACUAAGAAUCCAAAUCCAAAGACAGGAUGGCACCAAAGAGGAAGGCAUCUAACACCAAAGUCGGUGGGAAGAAGGUAAAGAAGGAGCCGGAAACCCCAGUAAAGGACAAGUUCACCUCAGCUAAAGAGGCUCUGAAGGCCACUGCACCACAAAAUAUGGCACAGAGGAAACCAGACAGUGUCUGUCAUCUACAUAAUGCUGAGGUUCAUGAAGAUUAUGACUGUAUGUUAAAUCAGACCAACAUCGGAAACAACAACAACAAGUUCUAUGUAAUUCAAGUGUUAUUGUCAGGAGGACAAUAUUAUUGCUGGACAAGAUGGGGCAGAGUGGGAGAACAGGGACAGAACAAUUUGGAUGAACAUACAAAUGUUGAUAGUGCCAUUAAGAGCUUUGAAAAGAAAUUCAAAGACAAGACAAAGAACAACUGGAGUGAUCGGAAUAACUUUGUCUCUCAUGCGGGGAAGUAUACUCUGAUCGAGGUGGAUGGUGACCAGGAUGCUGAAGUAAAGGUUGAUACUGUGGACAGUGCACCUGGAACAGCAAAGAAGAACAUUUUGCCUUGCACACUGAAUACGUCCACUCAAAAACUUGUCAAAUUAAUCUUUGACAGUGACAUGUUCAAGGAAGCCAUGGAGAACAUGAACCUGGACAUUAAGAAAAUGCCGCUGGGAAUACUAAGUAAACAGCAGAUUGCCAAAGGCUUUGAGGCACUAGAGGAGAUUGAGGAGGCGAUAAAGAAGAGAAGUAAUGAAACCAAGUUAGCAGAGCUUUCUUCUAAGUUCUUCACCAUUAUUCCACAUAACUUUGGCCGCAAUAGACCCCCUGUCAUUAGGGAUGAUAAAAUCAUUCAGGACAAAAAGGACAUGCUUCUGGUCCUGGCAGAUAUAGAGAUCGCCCAGUGCCUUAAAGCAGAGUCAGAGCAAGCUAAGAAAGAGAUGAUCGAAACUGUGCCCCACCCAAUAGACCAGAACUAUGAGUCUCUCAAAUGCAACCUCACCAUCUUGGAUAAAAAAUGCAAGGAAUUUAAGGUUAUUGACCAAUACUUAAAGGCCACUGGUAGAGGACUCACCAUAAUAGAUGUUUGGAAAGUGGAUAGAAAUGCAGAGGCUGAGCGCUUCAGUGAGAACGAUGCUUUGGAGAACCGGAAGCUGCUUUGGCAUGGUACCAAUGUGGCAGUGGUGGCAGCAAUUUUAAAGAGUGGGCUACGCAUUAUGCCACACUCCGGUGGGCGGGUUGGCAGCGGGAUCUAUUUUGCUUCUGAAAAUGAAAAGUCUGCUGGUUAUGUUAGAACAUCUAAAAAUAUUGGGAUUAUGUUUCUGAAUGAGGUUGCUCUGGGGAAGGAAUACACUAUCACUAAAGAUGACUAUAGCUUGAAAAAGGCACCUAAUGGCUAUGACAGUGUGGUUGCACGUGGAAGAAAAGAACCAGAUUCUUCAAUGGAUGUGGAAAUCGAGCUGGAUAGGAAGAAAGUGGUCGUGCCACAGGGAAAAGCCAAGCAACAGCCUCAGUACAAAAACAGUUACUUUGACAACAGCGAGUAUCUCAUUUACAAAGAGAGUCAGUGCCGUAUCCGCUACCUGCUGGAGCUCCGCUUCUAACUGAAGAAGAAGAAGACCAAAGAUCGAAGUGCGAAGUACAAGACUGAAAUGUUGUGGUAAAAAUCAUGCAGAGCUGCUUUUCAAUAAUGCACUCGGUUAACCAAAGUCUAUCCAUAAAACAGCUUACAGCGCUGACACGAUCAGCAUAUAUUAGCAUAGCUUUUUGUUUAUAUGCUGCACAUGCUUAACAUUUGUUAAAAGAAAUUGUCUUGAAAAUCAAAGGAAGGACUGAUGGUUUAUCAUUAGUUUAAUUAGAUUUAGAUCAGUUGAAGGACUGAUUGUUUUUCAUUAGUUUAAUUAGAUUUAGAUUAGCUAUAUCUAAAGUUUACGGUUACAUUUUUUUUGUAAUAAUGUCUGUGCCUUUAUAAGUGACAGGAACAGGAAUGUAGGAGUGUCUGCUCUAUAGAAUCUGUUGGAAUGGUAAUUGUAUUAGAGUAGUACUUAACACAUAGGGUUUUCGAACACACCCUAAGUACAACAUUCUUUUAGGUCCAGGUUUUGCUUGUUUUUGUUUCUUGCUUUGCAGCUGCUUUUAGUACUACAAAAUCCAUUAAUGACAACUAAACACUGCAUUGUUAAAAAUCAUGCUUAUUCAAAAAUGUAUAGAACUAUUCUAUAUACUGUUUUUUUUUUCAAAUGGUAUGGAUGAGGGUAAAAAUCCUAAGGUUUUUGUAAAACAUGCAAGGGCUGGUUGUUCAUUAUUUCUGUUAAUAAUCAUUAUAAGUUGAUUCUAAAGGUCAGACAGCUUAUUUGUAAUUGUUUGUAAUUGAAAAGCAAUGUUAAUUUUGUCUAUAUGGCACCUGUUUAUUCUGAAGGUUGAAUGUAUGCUUCCAAAAAUUUGACUUAUUGUAGACAUUUCUUUUCUGUCCCUCCAUAUUGAUGUCCACACUGAUGUACAGUGGCAUAGAGAAUGUAAUCUCUAGACUUAUUUUUAAGGGAACACAGUAAACUCGACACGGUGAACAAUAAACCAUCUGCUGCUUACAAGAA